AUGCUACCCCCCAAGAAGCGGUUUGUCAGAGCAGUAGCGUUGCUAUUAGCAGUAGCUGCUGUGAACAUUGUCAUCGUUGUAUGGUACCUAGGACGCGAGAGACCCUUGCUGAGCAUAUUCAACUACGAGAAUUUAUUUCGUUUAUCAAUGGGCCAUGGCAGCACCAAAGAUUACUCGAUUUUUUUCAAGGGACUAGAGGACUACAAUCCGGAAAUUUCAAAGUUAACUAGCAACUACAAUAACAAAAAAGCUCAAGAGAUUAAAACUGAAAAUGAUGAGUUUCUCAUGUCAAAGGAAUACUUGGAAAGUAUAAUUGAUUUACCCCAAGCUGCAGUCGCUAAGUUGGAAGAAUCUCACUCGAAUUACAUUGAGGUACACAUGAAAACCUUGAUUGAAAAGCAUGGUAUCAAAACAUUUGGAGCUAUUCAGCCACACCACGCUGAAUGGGCAUCGGAAUAUGAGGGCUCUCGUGGUAUUGUCAUGGUGGGUGGUGAUAAAUAUAGCUGGUUGGCAUUGCUUGUUAUAAAACAGGUGAGAGCACUAGGAAUGAAGUACCCCAUAGAAUUAUUUAUUCCAGGGAAGAAUGAAUAUGAAGCUCACUUCUGUGAGGUGAUAUUACCUGCCUUGAAUGCUAGAUGCAAUUUGCCGGAAGAAUCAUUCUUAGAAGGGAUUAAAUCUAAGUUCAAUUUACAUCGGUACCAGUUCAAGUUAGUUGCAUUUUUGACGUCACAAUUCGAAAAUAUUCUCUAUUUGGAUGCAGAUGGAUUCCCAUUGGUCAACUUGGACUAUAUCUUUGAGUCGGAAUUGUACAAGGAAAAGAAUAUGCUAUUGUGGCCCGAUGCAUGGGCAAGAACCACCAACCCAGCCUUCUACGACAUAUCAGGCUUGACGGUUAAUGAAUCCAAGAAAACUGUACUUAAUGCAUAUGAUAAAAAGCAGGCAGCCGACAAAGCAGCAGGAACUACCGAAGAAACCCCACAAUCAGGCUAUAGCUUUAAAAACGCUUACUUCCAUACGUUUGAAGGUGCAUUGCCUGACCCUACUACUGAAGCCGGUAUCAUGUUCAUCAACAAAACUUCGCAUUUGAAGACUCUUUUGUUGUGCUUGUACUACAACAUAUAUGGGCCUGAUACAUACUAUGCUUUGCUCACCCAGGGUGCAGCUGGUGAGGGAGAUAAGGAAACUUUUAUAGCUGCAGCUACGGUUAUGGGAGAACCUUAUUACCAAACCGGAAAGGGCUUAAAAUUCUGUGGCUACACGAACAAGGUAACUUCAGAGUUCAACUCCAAGUCCUUAGGACAUUAUGAUCCUAUCGAGACUUACAAGUCAAACGAUCCAGCAAAUGACGAUCAGUUGAAGUUUAUCUUCAUGCACCUUUCAUAUCCUAAGUACUAUCCUGAUUGGCUAGUAAACAACAGGGAAUUGAAAUAUGACGAUGGGGAAGACAAAAGGAUCUACGAAGAGGCCUACGAAUCUGCAGGCUAUGACUUUGAUUUAAGAGUUUUCCAAAUAUUUGUUGAAUCAUUAUGUUCAUCGUACUACGAUGAAGAAACUGGGAAACCGGUGGAUGGGCUGCUGGCUUUGAAAGACACAGAUUAUGUAGGGGACCACUUGAAGUAUUUAAGGCAACAUGUCCAGUUCAACGAGAAUCUGUGCAAGAAUGUAUUCUUGUCACACCUUCAGUAUUUGAAGGAGUCGACCCCGGAGAAGUACAGUGACAAAAUAUAUAGAAAGAAUGUAUAA